AUGGAGAAACCCUCAGGGACAGGAGUCUGUGGGUGUGCACAGCGGACUUCCUUUUGCUCAUUUCACCUCAAAGACGGUGGGGUUUGUCCAUGCUCACCAGUUCAGUGUCACAUAUCCUGCACAAUGGACACAGCAAGGGUCUGCCUCAGUUUAAAGCCAUCCAGGACUCCGGGGGCUCAGCGUGCAUCACCCCCGACUCUUCCCCCAGAUGCCUGUCGGUGCCCACGCUCACACGGGUUGGCUCUGAAGCUCAGCUGUGCUGGGCUGAUCCUUCUUGUCUUGGCCCUGAUUGGGAUGAGUGUCUUAGUGCGAGUCUUAAUACAAAAACCAUCAAUGGGAAAAUGCUGUGUGUUUAUUCAAGAGAACGUGAGUAAAACAACAGACAGUCCAGCUAAGUUAAUGUGCCCCAAAGACUGGUAUUCACACCGAGAUAAGUGCUUUCAUGUUUCUCAAGCUUCCAAACGUUGGAAGCAAAGUCUAGCUGACUGUGAUGAAAAAGGAGCCACUUUGCUGCUCAUUCAAGACCAAGAAGAACUGAGAUCCCUACAGAGCUUGAUAAAGGGAAAAGACAUUUCAUUUUGGAUUGGACUAAGUUACACAUCUACAGACAGGAACUGGAAGUGGAUAAAUGGCUCGACUUUGAAUUCUGAUGUAUUAAAAAUCACUGGUGACUCUACAAAGGGCAGCUGUGCUGCCAUCUCAGGGGACAAAGUGAUAUCCGAUAGCUGUGAUUCAGACAACUUUUGGAUCUGCCAAAAGGAACCAAAAUGUGAAACCGCAUGUAAUGACUCCUGA